AUGUAAAUAUCUUAUAGAGAUAGACACUUAUACAAUGAAGUUUAAUAUCUAUUUAUAUGGACUAGCUUGACGAGAUAUUCUUAGAUUACAGUUUACAGUAUUUAAACAUUUACAAUAGUUUAAGAGAUAAAAAAUACAUUUAUUCAGAAUAACCCAUCAGUUGUAGUUGAUUUAUCUUUUGAUUUGGCUUCGUUUUAAAUUAUUUAUUUAGAUAACACUGGAAAUAUAAAUUGUUUUGGAAUGGAUACUUUUGAUUAAAAUUGUGUUUUUAAAAUGAGCGAAUUUAGUGAUUAAAAUAUCCUUCCUAUUGGUAUGACGAUAGACUAUGAAACGAAUAAUAUAUUUGUCUACAGCUCUAAUUAAUGGUUUGACACCGAUUUAAAAUUACUUUUAUAUAAUAUUUUUAUCACAACAGAUGGCUCUUUAGUUGAUUAUGAUUUCUAGAACAUCAAAGAAAAUUUUAGAUUAACUUGGGGAUCAACAACAAGAACAACAGUUUAUCUAAGCAUUAGUUCUAUUAAUUUAAUUAUAAUAGGUUUGUAUUAAGGCAAUUAUAGCAAGCCUAUCUAAUAUAUUAGCUCUACUGAAAAUUAUUUUUGGAUUUGCUCUUCAGGUGGAAUUGUUAAUUAAUUAAUAAAUAAAACAAAGUAAGUAGCAUAAACUUAUGAUAUAGGUUAGAUUAUAUAGCAACAAGUGAGUGGUAUGAUAGGUGUUUUUGAAAUUGAUGAAGUGAAUACCAGGUUAUUUACACAUAUUAUUGAACAGAAGCUUAUUUAUAUCAACUUUGUAAAUCUUAAGAAGCUUAAGAAGAGAUAUAAAUUCUGA